GUAUUAUAUUAUUUAAGUACUUAACAAAAAACACAUGCAAUACAUGUGUGUGUCGUCUAUUAAUAUCUAAAAUGUUUUGUGUGAUUAUAAUGCAUGUGAUAUCAUAACCGCGGAGUUUUUUUUACCAUCAAAUCGACUAUAAAAUAGACGGACAAAAUGUUUCUGAAGAAGACAAAGAAGACAAUAUCGAGACAACAAAAAAAAUUCCUAAACGAAGAGAUUGUUAGCAGCGAUUCAAACGAUGACGAAGAUGUGGACAUCGAUGCCGGCGGCGGCAAACAGAAAGCUGCCGUCCGUCGCAAACGCGGUCUUAAAGGUCUGAAUACCACCGCAGCCGCCGCCGCCGGUGGCGACAGUGAUGUGUCCUAUGAUAGUGAAGCCGAUCGGGAGACACCACAGGAAAAGAGGCUACGUUUGGCCAAAAAGUAUUUGGAGUCCAUUGAAGGCGAAGAACGGCUCAAGAAUGACGGCCAAGACGUUGAUAGCGGCGCUAUUGGCGACCGAUUGCGCGAAGAUAUUCUCGAAAAAACCGGUCGACUUCAUCGGCAAGUGGCUGACAACUACUAUACCACUGCUGUUGGUGUUGACGACACUGACCAGUCGUUUCGUCAAUUGAAAAAUGGCCACAAACUGUCCGUAACGAUUGUUUUGGUUACCAACGAUCAGCGCUAUGUAUUCUCAGCCGGCAAAGACUCGGCAAUUGUUAAAUGGGAUUUUGCCGUCGGUAAACGUGUGAAAACAAUUGCCGGACUCAAAACUACUAAUCCGAAGUCUAAGAAGAAUAAGCAGAAGAAUAAGAAGAACAAAGUUGCGGCCAAGAAAUCUACCGAUAAUUUACCGAAUGGUAUAAUUGCUAAGCCGGCGGCUACUGUAGGCCAUUCGGGCCAUAUACUGGCAAUGGCCAUAUCCAGUGACGACCGAUUUUUGGCAACCGGUUGUACCAACAAAGUGAUUAACGUCUGGAAUCCCGAAACAAUGCAAUUGUUGAAAACAUUUGGCGGACAUCGGGGCCCAGUAUCGGGACUGGUUUUUCGGCGCGGUUUUCAUCAAUUGUUUAGUUCAUCGUUUGAUCGAUCGGUUAAAGUCUGGAAUUUGGAUGAGAUGUCGUACGUGGAGACACUGUUCGGCCAUCAGGACACGAUUCAGGCAAUUGACAGCUAUGUCAGAGAUCGGGCGAUAACUGUCGGCGCCCGUGACUCGACUGCACGCGUUUGGAAGAUACCCGAAGAGUCGCAACUAGUGUUUCACGGGUCGCAGCAUUCCAUCGACUGUGUAAAACUGUUGGACGAACAACACUUUGUUACCGCCGAUGAUAACGGUUCCCUAAGUCUAUGGAGUGUCUUGAAAAAGAAACCGUUGACCACAUAUCCGUUGGCUCACGGAAUGGCCGCUACGGCACCCAAUUGGGUGACCGCUGUGGCCGUCAUCAAGAAUACCGAUCUCAUAGCAACGGGUUCUUGUAAUGGUUUAGUCCGACUGUGGAAGUGUUCGCAAGAUUUUCGUAAAUUAGAGCCAAUUAUUAACAUAUCUGUUACUGGUUUUGUAAAUAGUCUAGAAUUUAGUCCCGACGGCAAACAUCUGGUCGCUGGGAUAGGUCAGGAACAUCGGUUGGGCCGAUGGUUUACCAAUAAAGAGGCCAAAAAUUGUGUACUCAUUAUACCGUUAUCAACGAAAUGAUGUUUUUAUAAAAAAAUGUUAUUAUAAUUAUUA